AUGUUAAAACAGAACCCCCUGGAGAACGGAAGCGGACACGCAAAAGCAACCUCCCGGGUACACGGCCUCACCUUGGGACUUUGGGGGGCCGGCCGCCUUUGCGCGCGCUCUUUCACCUUGCAACGUCGUCAAGGCGAUCCCUCCGCCUCCCGUGACAGGAGCCAAUGCUCCGUCGCCGUUGGUGACUGGCAACUGACGGCGAUCGGGGCAAGUAGCAAGUAUCAAGUUGGAAGGACCAUAAAAGAAGGCAGGCAUUGGACCAGCAAUGCAAUUGCAGUUGUCCUCCAUGUCCUCUGCAUCAGGCAUCUCUUAUUCAUGGCUUCCAACUACUCCCACUCGCGCCAUGACUAUGAAUCCUUGACAGAGCCAACCGCAGGUCUCAUGUGCCUUUGCCUCCGUAAGACGAUGAAUUUCGACUGCACGUGCCCCAUGAAUGCUCCCAACUACUUGUAAAUAACCUUUUAAUUUGCAGCAUGAUUCAGAGUAUUCUCAAAAUCAAAAAGAAAAAAGAAAAAAAACUACCACAACUACUUUCUUUCU